AUAGAUAAGAAUUUGCGAAGCACGACUGAUAAAGCACAUAAAAAACAAGAACGUGGGGUGGAAUUCAUUUGGCGGAAGCUCGGGUCCUGAGCAAGCAAGCAAGCAUGUCAUGAACCAGUCCCGCUCAAAGACACAAACAAAACACAGAAUAGGCGUGCUCCUUCCUCUCUCAAAUUUGAAGGUUUUUGUAUUUUCGAUAAGCAACGAUCCACGUGGCUCCUUCCUAUGGCACAAUAUCUUAAACCCACUCUCCAUUUCGACUUAUCCUCUUUGGUAAAUCUUUAUUUUCUGGCCCAAAACCCUUUUCUUUGUAGCGAGCGCAGGGAGAAGUGAUUGAUACUAUCAUUUGGUGUUGUUCAGUAAUAUAUGCUCUCCAAUGUAUUCGGCCACAAAGCCAUAACUGUUGAUUUCCUCCUUCUCCUCCUCCUCCUGCUUCCAUCUCUUUCUAGAAUCAAUAUUGAUAGUAGAGUAGAGCAUCAUCUUCAUCUUUCAUGGCCCUCCACCAUAUGAUACACCCACCAGGCCUUUCAUGCAACAAAGGCUUCAUGCUCCCCAAAACCCAUUUUCUCACCGCCACCACCACCACCACCACCACCACCACCACCAAAUUGGGCUUCACCGACAGACCCCUCCUCUUCAACAACACCCCUAACUUCCAGAAUCAGAGAACACCAACAAUCCAUCAACAAUACCAUGUCCUUCGCUGCUCCUCAUCUUCAGAGAGGCACCGUACUGAAGUUCCCGAAUCAAGCAGCGGGCUUGUCGAGUUGCCCCUUUUCCCCCUCCCCCUCGUCCUCUUCCCCGGGGCAAUCCUUCCUCUCCAGAUAUUCGAGUUCCGCUACCGGAUGAUGAUGCACACCCUCCUUGAGACGGACCUCCGGUUCGGCAUCAUCUAUGCCGACAGCACCUCUGGGGUCGUUGAUGUGGGCUGCGUCGGGGAGGUGGUGAAGCACGAGCGCCUCGUUGAUGACCGCUUCUUCCUCAUAUGCAAGGGCCAGGAGAGGUUCAGAGUCGUCAACCUCGUCAGAACCAAGCCCUAUCUGGUGGCUGAGGUCCAGUGGUUGGAAGACAGGCCCCCUGAGGACCAGCAAGAGGACCUGAAGGCGCUAGCCUCGGAGGUCGAAACAUAUAUGAAGGACGUGAUCAGGCUCUCCAACAGGUUGAAUGGGAAGCCGGAGAAGGAGGCUCAGGACCUGAGGAGGAACUUGUUCCCCACCCCCUUUUCCUUCUUUGUCGGGAGCACAUUCGAGGGGGCGCCCAGGGAGCAGCAGGCCUUGCUUGAAUUAGAGGACACCGCCACCAGGCUCAAGAGGGAGAAGGAGACUCUUCGAAACACCCUCAAUUACUUGACUGCCGCGUCUGCUGUUAAAGAUGCCUUCCCCUCAUCGUCAUGAUGAUCUUCGUUUCCCAACCCAGAUUAUUAGAGGAAAGUCUUUAUUCCUCCUUAUCCUCUUAUAAUGUGUAAAGCUUUUGUUAUGUACGCUCCUUCCACGAGUUACAGAGAGCAGGCUGGAUUUGUAUAAGUCCUGAUGUGGAUACUUCAUGUCUAGGGCUAGCUAUUGGACCACAGUAUUUGCUCAAUUCAGUGGAUCAUGAAAGAUAUGAAAGAUCUCUCCCUCCAGGCUGUACAUACGUUAUUGCCUUGUCACUAGUUCAAUAUUGAAGUUGUUACUGGAUAAUUUUCCUUUGUAAAAUCAAUUGAUCCUGCAACCUAGUACAUACCUUAUAUGAAUCAUAUGAUUCCAUUAAUCAUGUGGCAAUGGCUGAAAUUUGAAUUCUUUGAUUCAUGUUUCUUGAACAGUGGGUUGCUAGUCCUUCUGAUUCUCAUAUGUUCUUCAGGACACUACUGUACUUAUUAUUUUUCUCUUUUUCUGAUUGUCAAUAUAGGAUACCUUCAUCUUUCCUCC